AAACGCCUUUGAUACAGCCAGUGCGCCAUGGUCGUCACCAAUUGCAACAUUAAUGGGAUAAUAUUCAGCAUUGGGGGGUGAAUCGCGAGCGGGAAGCGUCUCGCAGGGGCGACUUUUGGACGGGAUGCAAAAAACUACAAAUCCCAGCAGUUCGCCUUUACGGAUGACGCCAUAUCAGCGCGCCCGGGCUGCAGUUCCCGUGAAAUAUUUCCCCUUUUAGCGAAAGCUACAUGGCUAAUACAACACAAUAAGUUGUCACCAUGGUGAUGAAGUCGUCGGUGGAGGAGGAUGAUGCCGGCUGGGGUCUGGGCAUCCCGGAGAAGAUGAAGAACAAUGCCAACUGGGUGGAUAUCACCCAAGAUUUCAAGAGUUCUUGUAAAGAAUUGAGCCUUGGGGAGUUGCUUCACGACAAGCUGUUCGGCUUGUUUGAGGCAAUGUCGGCCAUUGAGAUGAUGGAUCCCAAGAUGGAUGCCGGGAUGAUCGGGAACCAAGUCAACAGAAAAGUGCUCAACUUUGAGCAAGCCAUCAAGGAGAACGCCAUCAAAGUGAAAGAUCUGAGCCUUCCUGAACUCAUCGGAAUCAUGGACACAUGCUUCUGCUGUUUGAUCACAUGGCUAGAGGGCCACUCCCUGGCUCAGACGGUGUUCACCUGCCUGUACGUCCACAACCCGGACCUGAUCGAGGAGCCCGCCCUCAAGGCCUUCGCCCUAGGCAUCCUAAAGAUUUGUGACAUCGCGCGGGAGAAAGUCAACAAGGCAGCCGUGUUCGAGGAGGAGGACUUCCAGGCCAUGACGUACGGCUUCAGGAUGGCCAACAAUGUCACAGACCUGCGGGUGACGGGUAUGCUGAAAGAUGUGGAGGAUGAAUUACAGAGGAAAGUCAAGAGCACACGCAGUCGUCAGGGCGAGCAGCGAGACCCAGAAGUGGAGCUGGAGCACCAGCAAUACUUGGCACUGUUCAACCGCAUCAAGUUUACGCGCCUUCUCCUGACUGCACUGAUGGCCUUCACCAAGAAAGAGACCAGCUCCGUGGGGGAGGCCCAGAAGCUUGUUGCCCAGGCAGCAGACCUCCUGUCAGCCAUUCAUUCCAGUGUGCAGCAUGGCAUCCAGUCACAGAAUGAUACCACUAAAGGAGAUCACCCUAUCAUGAUGGGCUUCGAACCACUGGUCAACCAGCGCCUGCUACCGCCCACCUUCCCGCGCUACGCCAAGAUCAUCAAGAGGGACGACAUGGUGGCCUACUUCGGCAAGCUCAUCGAGCGCAUCAAAACCGUCUGUGACGUCAUCAACACCACUAACCUGCACGGCAUUCUGGACUUCUUCUGUGAGUUCAGCGAGCAGUCUCCUUGCGUGUUGUCAAGAUCUUUACUUCAGACGACCUUCCUGAUUGACAACAAGAAAGUGUUCGGCACUCAUUUGAUGCAGGACAUGAUCAAAGACGCCCUCAGAUGCUUUGUCAGUCCGCCCGUCCUCUCAUACAAGUGCUGUCUGUUCAACAACCACCAGGCCAAGGACUACAUCGACUCGUUCGUCACACACUGUUCAAGGCCGUUCUGCAGCCUGGUCCAGAUCCACGGACACAACCGAGCACGGCAGCGGGACAAGCUGGGUCAUAUUCUGGAAGAGUUUGCUACUUUGCAGGACGAGGCAGAGAAGGUGGAUGCGGCCCUGCACAGCCUGCUGAUCAAGUACGAGCCCCAGCGGCAGCACCUGGCCUGCCUGGGAACGUGGAUCCUCUACCACAACCUGAGGAUCAUGAUCCAGUACCUGCUCAGCGGCUUUGAGCUGGAGCUGUAUAGCAUGCACGAGUACUACUACGUCUACUGGUAUCUGUCGGAGUUCCUGUAUGCGUGGCUGAUGUCCACGCUGAGCAGAGCGGACGCGUCGCAGAUGGCCGAGGAAAGGAUCCUGGAGGAGCAGGUGAAGGGGCGUAGCAGCAAAAAGAGCAAGAAGAAGAAGAAAGUUCGUCCCCUGAGCAAAGAGAUCACCAUGAGUCAAGCCUACCAGAACAUGUGUUGCGGCAUGUACAAGACCAUGGUGGCGCUUGACAUGGACGGUAAGGUGCGCAAGCCUCAGUUCGAGCUGGACAGCGAGCAGGUUCACUACGAACACCGCUUUGCGCCCUUCAACAGCGUCGUCACACCCCCGCCCGUACACUACAUACAGUUCAAGGAAAUGUCAGACCUGAAGAAGUACAAUCCUGCUCCGGGCUCUGCCGACCUCUACCUGGCUGCCAGCAAACACUUUCAGCAGGCUAAGUUCAUCCUGGAAAACAUCCCACUCCCCAGCUCGGACCCUGAGGUGAACGGUAUCCUGAGAGUGGCCAAACCGAACUUUGUGGUGACCAAACUCCUAGCUGGAGGACACAAGAAGGAGACCAUGGUGUUGCCCGAGUUUGACUUCACAGCUCACAAGUACUUCCCUGUGGUCAAGAUCAUGUGACGCUACAGAUCCAAUCACCUGCUGUGAUUCUGAUCCACCCCUGUUGCAACUGUGUGUGUGAUGCAAAUGUAAAUGCUGCGUGUGUGUGUGUGUGUGUGUGUGUGUGCAUGUGAUGCAACUGUAAAUUGUGUGUGGAAACUUUUGUGUUGCGUUGACUUGUAAUAAAAGUGUUAC